UCGGAUCUGGAUAUCUCUAUCUGCACAGAUGCACGAGCAUCAUGCCCGUGCGUGUGCAAGCUGGUCGCUGGCUCCAGACCCUCUCGAUUCGAUUGCUUGGCAGGCGAGUUUUUCAAAUUUUUAAUUUUAUCACACUCGGUUUUUAAUCUGGAUUGGAUUUGUCUGGGUUUUGCUAGAGUUUUAAUAUUCGAUUCCCAGCUACUUUUUCGAUUCACUCAUUUUAAGGUCAUGUACGCUUGGAAUUUUCAGUACAUCUAAGGUCUUUCAAAUUUUGCAUUCUUCUGUAGCUGGUUGAAGUAGUAUGUGUAGGGCGUAUGAAUAGAUCCACCUUGUUAGUUAAAAACGAUUUGCUUGGUUUAAGGUUUGGUGGAGCAGUUUCACAAUGUUUCUUACUCUGUACUGUUGUAUUGUAUUCUCUAGGUUGCGGAUAAUAAUUUCCUUCAUGAUUCUUCUAGCAUAUUUGGAAACUUCAGUUUUCUGUUCUCAGCACUUGAAAAUUUUCUGUAAAUCGUUUAUUUAUUUUUCACAAUCUUGGAGACUGCGCUCUGUUCACAUCUAGUCUGUCUUACUCGAAGGUUGAUGAAGGAACUGCCACCUGGGGCUUUUCAGAAAGCUACGCGAAUCAUUAACGACAUUGUUAAAAAAAAAAAGUUCCACGAAGGCCCCCCACAAGUUAGAACCCAGAUUAGUAUUGCUGUUGCUGCCUUGGCGGUGCAUGUUCCUGCGGCAGAUUGGGGAGAUUGGUGGUAUAGUUAGCUGGCUUAGGGAUGAGAUGAAUAUGCAUCCUGAAUAUGUGCCUGGCUUCUUGGAACUCCUGACAGUUUUGCCCGAGGUAUGAAAGGCCUUAUAUUUGUCUGGCUUGGAUCUGCUUACUUCUUAGUUAUUCUGGUAUUGCUGACCUCAAAUUGGGCAGACCUAUUUGGAAACGUUUAACUACAAAAUAGCUACUCAUCUGGAUCGGCGACGCCAGUUCGAAAAAGAGCUUACUUCUCAAAUUGAAGCUGCAGUUCUCGAGGCAUUUGCUUCUUGGCUCCGUCUUAGGCAUGGAUUCCUGGAGCAGUGCUUGCCUGUCAUCCAUUGGUGCAUUCAGCUCUCUCAAGUUCUACCUGUUGGAAAGACUAAUAUAUACUCGUUUGAACUUUAUCUCUGAAUUGAUACAUCACACAACAUCACCAAGUUCUGGUGGUAUUUCUGCACAAACACCCUUGAUUCAAGUUAUUGUGCCUCAGAUUUUACGUCUUAAGAUCCAUCUAAGGGGUUCUUCAAAGGAUGACGAAGAUGUCAAAGCCAUUGGUCGAUCAUUCGCUGACGUAAGCGAUUCAUAUGUUGAACUGAUAGCUACUGGUUCAGAUGAAUCAAUGGUUAUUGUGCAUGCCCUUCUGGAAGUUACUUCACACCCAGAAUUUGAUAUAGCCUCGACGACCUUCAACUUUUGGCACAGUCUUCAUUCUUCAACUUAUGUUGACAAAGAGGUUGGCUUCAGAGUUCAGUAUCCUGAAGAUUCUCAAGGCCUGUCAUAUGAGGACCUUAAGGAAAUCAAGCAGACUAGAUAUGGUAAUCAAAGCUGUUUAUGGCUUGUUCUCAACAUUACAGAAGAUCAAGACCUCUCGAGAUCAGAAGUGUAGCCCUCAGAGCUUUCUAAAUAGAUCAGCCUGACCUUGGAUUUUCUUAAUUGAACUGCUUAGCACUAUUGUUCUCCCUUUGUUGCCAUCCUUUAGACUUGUUUCUUGAAGCAGAUAAAGUAAUGUUCUUCUCAGGUUAUUUGGUUGUUUGAGUCACCUAGCUUUGGUAGGGUGCUGUAUCUCGUAAUGUCUCUUUUGAUGGACUUAUUCCUCUUAACACAUGUUGAGAUGUUACUACUAAUUGUGCUCUCAAUCAUCUCCGAUGAGACCAAAUUGCCUCA